AUGGAGGCCGCGGUGAUCCGGCGCACACAGGACAUUCUGGGGAAGGUGAUCAGGAAGCCCCCGCUCACCGAUAAACUGCUGGGCAAGCCGCCGUUCCGUUACCUGCAUGACAUUCUGACCGAGGUUAUGAGAACUACUGGAUUUUUCAAGGGAUUGUACACAGAAUCAGAAUUGAAAUCAGAUAAUGUAAAGGAUAAGGAUUCCAAAAUCAGCUUCUUACAGAAAGCAAUAGAUGUGAUUGUUCUGGUGACUGGAGAACCUCUGUCUGUGAAGCCGGCUCGUGUUGUGGCAGGACAUGAACCAGAGAGGACGAAUGAAUUCCUUCAGGCCUUAGGGAAAUGCUGUUUGAGUAAAUUAUCUAGUGAUGAUGCUGUGAAGAGGGUUCUGUUGGGAGAAAAACUGGAACCUAAAGGGAAGCCUCCAUCAAGCACCAAGUCUCAAGAUAAAGAGAACAGAGAGGCAAAAGAUGAAGAACGAAGGAGCCAGAGGGAGAAAGAGGACAGGAGGGAGUCCGAAAUCAGGGAAAGAAGUGGAAGCAGAGACCGAAAAGACAGACAGCACCUGAAAGAUGAGGAAAGAAAACAUUCUGAGAGAGAAAGAAAGAAGGAAGGAGAAAGAGUGGGAGAGACAGAGAAAGAUGGAUUGCGAGAAGGAGAGAAAAAUGAUAGAGAAAAAAACAGAGUAAAAGAAUCUCGGUCAGAAACUGACAGAAGUAAAGAAAAAGUUAAGGACAGAGAAAGACGAAGUGAAGCGAGCCAUGGAAAAGAGAAGGACAGAACAAAAGAUAAGGAAAAAGCAAGAGACAGAGAGAGAGAACACGAGAAGGAGAGAAACCUGGUUAAAGAGAGAGAUCCUGAAGAUCGCAGUCGUGAAAGAGACAAAGAACGCAGUGACCGCAACAGGGAUGAGAGGACAAGAACACGUGAACAGGAUAAGGAGCGAAGACGAGAACGGGAUUUGGAAAGGGAAAGGAGAAAAGAACGUGUAAGGAACAAUGAGCAUCAAGGAAACAGAGAAGAAAAACCAGAGGAAGACAUGAGAUCAGAACGAAAGCAUAAAACAUCAGAGGAGUCUACAAAGAAAACCUCGGACAUUUCUGCAAGAGAAAGCAAACCUGAUGCAGAAAGAGAGUUGUCCGUUUCAUCCAAAGCAGCUCGGCCAUCUGCUUCAAAACUACGAGAGAGAAGGCGAGAAGCAGUGGAUUCAGCUAGCGAUGAUGAGGGAAGAGACACAGAGGUACAUAAUACUGAAAAUGAAGCUUCUUCUGAUGUGCGAACAAACCUAUCUGCUCAAAGAAGAAUCCCUCGACCUGGAAGUGCACGACCAGCUCCACCAAGAGUAAAGCGGCAACCCAGCGCAGAAGUCAUUGUUCCUGAAAGGGUUAGCAGUGGAAAGGGUGUAUCCAGUGUAAUUGUGGAGAAACAGAAAGAUGACGGUGAUGAUGAUGAUAAUGAAUUUGUGGUGGAAGAAGCUUCUCUUCAGCUGCUGUUGGAUAUGCCUGCAAUGGAGAUGGAGUCAGAGCUAGACCUCCCUGUGGAUGAAAAGCACGGUAGUCUUGUUAAGAAAAUCUUAGAGACCAAAAAGGACUAUGAGACACAACCUGAUGCAGCCAGUAAGGGCAAGACCCUCUUGACUGAAAAUGGAAGAAAAAAGGAAAAGGAUAUGGUGACAAAGGAGAUUGAAAAGCUCAGGAGCUCCAUCCAGAUACUGUGUCGCAGUGCUCUGCCACUCGGCAAAAUUAUGGAUUACAUCCAGGAGGACAUGGACACAAUGAAGAAUGAGUUGCAGAUGUGGAAAAAAGAAAACGGUGAACAUGCAGAGGUUCUGCUACGGGAGCAGAGCAUCACUGACUCAGCUGUGGAACCUCUCAAGGCUGAACUUGGCGAGCUUGAGCAACUUAUCAAAGAACAACAUGAUAGAAUCUGCACAGUGAAAGGGAACAUACUACGAAAUGAAGAGAAAAUCCAGAAGAUGGUUCAGAGCAUGAGUGGUUCUAAUAGAGACUGA